GCUACUCUCGCGACAUCUCCUUGCCAGAUUCCCGGUCUGCCUCCCCGCAGCGGGACCGGUGGUGCAGCGCGAACCACGUUAAAGCCGGGACGCUGCAGACGAGACGGGCUUCCGGGACUCGUCCAGAGGCGGCGACUCUUUGCCGACGUCCCCGGGCACGAGAGACUACUGUCGGUCCUGUCUAAAAUGGGUGUGAAGAAGAAAAGAGAAACGCAGGUCGCUGCAUUGACUGUUUGUCAGGAGGACCUGAAAACUUUGAGAUCUUUUGCUGACGCAGAAGGGAAAAAUCUAGCCUCAUUGCUGUUACGUUGCGUACAACUCACGGACGGAGUGUCACAAAUCUAUUAUAUUAAACAGAUUGUGCCUGUCCUGGAGAAGGUAGAUAAAAAUGGUGUGUAUGAUCCUGCUAUUGAAAAUUGUUUGAGAAUUAUAGCAAGCAUUUAUUUUUCCUUGACUCUGAAGAAUCCCUUGAAGAAAGUCUUGGCGAGCUCACUGAAUGGCCUACCUGAAUAUUUUGUAACUGAUGCUACAUACUGUUUUAUUUUUUACCUUCAAGAAGACUUAGAAACUUCUGACUUAUAUGCUUAUAGAAAAAUAAUGGACAACAUAUCUUCCUGCCUGGAGAACUUUAAUGUGGGUACAGCAUGUGUUGUUUAUCUGCUUAAAAGUGUGCUUCGUUUUCUCUACAAGAGUUUAACUGACAUCCUGGAGGAAAACAGAAAAUUUGCUGGAAAUCACAUUGUUCAAACACAGUUAAUGAAUGACUUAUUGGUGGGCAUUAGAGUUUCAAUGACAUUAGUACAAAAAGUACCAAGUCCUGAGGGCUAUCUUUGGAGUGAUUCUUCUAACUGUCUCAUCUGGCGUGUUAUGUGUGGCUUGCUAAGCAUUUUCACCGACUUUUUAAAUGAUGGUGACCUACUGCAGACUGUUCAGAGCACAUCGGGAUUAGCUGUUAUUCUUUUUGUGAAGAACAUGUUCAGUCCAUCUGAAAAACUUCCUGAGUUGAUCAGCAGCCUGCUUCUCCGGUCAGUUGACUGCAGCAGCACCCCUGAGUGGUUCGUGAACUGCUGUGGGAGCCUUUGCAGUGCUGACGUGCCGGUCUCCACGCUCUUGUUCCUGUGCCACGGAGCGCUUGCAAUGCUGGACUGGCGGGAUGGGGGCAUGGGCCCCAGCGGGGAGGCUUUGCUGCUGGACACUGUGCAUGUUUUGUUUACCUUGACUUCGCAGAUUAAGGAGUCAACAUUAGAAAUGUUCCUGUCUAGAGUCUUGGCAUCUUGGACCAAUGCAGCCUUACAUGUCCUUGAAUCAAGUUCCCCAAGCCUAAAGGACUGUCUGAAUGGGGAUUCUAGCAUAGCUAGGAGGCUUUUGGAAUAUGUCUAUACACACUGGGAACAUCCACUGGAUGCUCUGAGACACCAAACCAAAAUCAUAUUCAGAAAUCUUCUGCAAAUGCACCGGCUCACUACAGAAGGGAAGGAUGUAGUCACUGACCCGUUCUUUCUGGAGUUGACCAAGAGUCUUCUGCAGUUAGAAUGGCAUAUUAAAGGGAAGUACGCAUGCCUUGGCUGUUUGGUUGAGAGUACUGGAAUUGAACAUAUUUUGGCAAUAGAUAAAACGAUUCCAUCUCAAAUCCUAGAGGUGAUGGGAGACCAGUCAUUGGUACCUUAUGCAAGUGACCUUUUGGAAACCAUGUUUAAAAAUCAUAGGAGCCAUUUGAAGUCCCAAACUGUCACCAGCACUUGGAUGGAUGAGUGGCAUGAGACGUGGGUUUCUCCUCUCCUUUCUAUACUGUGUGGAGGGAACUUGGAUCAGAAGUCGUAUGUGAUCGAUUAUUAUUUGCCAAGGUUACUGAAUUACAGCCCUGAAAGCCUGCAGUACAUGGUGAAGAUUCUUCAGGCAUCUAUUGACACUGAAACUGGGUCUUGUAAUCGCAGAGGGGCUCUGGGAGCUUUGAUGGCAUGUCUCCGAACAGCUAGAGCUCAUGGACAUCUUCAGUCUGCAACUCAUGCCUGGGAGAACCUUGUGUGCGGUGCACGGAUAAAGCAAGGCUUAAUUCACCAACACUGCCAAGUGCGGAUCGAUACACUAGGCUUGCUCUGUGAAAGCAACCGGAGCACAGAAGUGGUCUCUACAGAAGAAAUGGAGUGGGUUCAGUUCUUUAUCACAUACAAUCUCAACAGCCAGUCUCCAGGGGAGCGGCAGCAGAUUUGCUCGCUCCUUAAAAAGCUGUUCUGUAGGAUACAAGAAAGUUCUCAGGUACUUUAUAAGUUGGAGCAAAGGCAAUCCCCCCCUGACUCAGAGAAUGAGUGCAGCCGAGAGCGGCCUCCCGUGUCUUUACAGCAGUAUAAGAAUUUCAUGUCAUCGGUUUGCAACAUUCUUUUUGAAGCAUUGUUUCCUGGAUCUUCCUACUCAACUAGGUUUUCAGCUUUAAGCAUUUUAGGAUCAGUAGCUGAAGUGUUCCCUGUCUUAGAAGGUAACAUCCAGACAGUGUAUCAGCUGAAUCAUGAUAUUGAUGCUGGCCGUUUCCAAAUACUAAUGGAAUGCUUUACUAGUACUUUUGAAGAAGUGAAAACCUUAGCAUUUGGCCUUCUGAUGAAGCUGUCUUCGUCGGUAACAAUUGGACAGUUCCAGGAUUCUGAGAAGCUGCAAGACCUGUUCCAGGCAGCAUUGGAACUCAGCACCAGCGCGAAACCCUACGACUGUGUGACAGCCUCCUACCUGCUGAACUUGCUCAUAUGGCAGGAUGCUCUGCCAGCCUCCCUGACUGCCGCCUCUGCACAGCAGCUCACACGUGGAGCUGGAAAGAAGGCUGCCGUGCUGGAAAGGAACACGUUAGUGGUUAUGAAGUGCUUGAUGGAAAAUCUUGAGGAUGAAAUAUCUCAGGCUGAGAACUCUCUGCUUCAGGCUGCAUCCUCAUUUCCAAUGUAUGGGAGAGUCCACUGCAUAACAAGAGCUUUCCAGAGGUUGCCUUUGAAUGCCCUGCAGUUGGUGAGCGAGUGGAGGCUGGUGGUGGAGAGGCUUUUGCUGCUGGCCUACAGGCUUUCUGCUGUGGUGUCUCCUGUCAUCCAGAGCUCCUCCCCUGAAGGCCUCAUCCCUAUGGACACCGACUCAGAGUCAGCAAACCGCUUGCAAGUGAUUCUCAAUGAGAUUCAACCACGGGAUACUAAUGAUUACUUUAACCAAGCCAAACUAAUGAAAGAAUGUGACAGCUUUGACUUGGAGGACUUGAGUACCAGUGUCUCAAAUAUUGAUUGUUGUACAGAAGUCAAAGGUAAAGAAGGAACCACGUGUGAUGUCACUGCUCAGAUGGUCCUGGUGUGCUGCUGGAGGAGUAUGAAGGAAGUCGCUUUACUUCUAGGCACACUCUGCCAGCUUCUCCCCAUGCAGCCUGUGCCAGAAUCUUCUGAUGUGUUACUAACAGUGCCGCAGGUAAAAGAAAUGGGAGAUUACUUUAAGCAGCACCUUUUACAGUCCAGACACAGAGGAGCAUUUGAACUGGCUUACACUGGUUUCGUGAAACUCACUGAUGUAUUAAACAGGUGCUCUAAUGUGGGUCUGCAGAAGCUGCCGGAGUGGUGGCUGUGCAGUGUGCUGGACGAGAUUAAAAGCAGCGGUCCCUCCUCCAAACUCUGCGCCACAAGGCGCAGUGCCGGAAUCCCUUUCUACAUCCAGGCACUGUUGGCAUCUGAACCAAAGAAGGGCAGAUUGGACUUGUUGAAAAGAACAAUGAGAGAGCUGAUCUCUUUGGCUUUGUCUACAGAUACCUCAAAGGGCGCGGUCCCCCAGGUUCAUGCUUUAAAUAUCCUCAGAGCCCUGUUCAGAGAUACACGUCUGGGAGAAAACAUUAUUCCUUUUGUUGCUGAUGGAGCUAAGGCUGCGAUUCUGGGCUUCACAUCACCUGUCUGGGCAGUGAGAAAUUCAUCCACACUUCUCUUUAGUUCCUUGAUCACAAGAAUCUUUGGAGUUAAAAGGGGAAAGGAAGAACUUUCCAAAACAAACCGAAUGACGGGAAGAGAGUUUUUCUCACGCUUUCCAGAACUGUAUCCAUUUCUUCUCAAACAGUUGGAAACUGUAGCCAGUACAGUGGACAGCGAGACGGGAGAGCCUGAUCGCCACCCCAGCAUGUUCCUCUUGCUCUUGGUGCUGGAGAGACUCUACCCAUCUCCGAUGGAUGGCACGUCGUCUGCACUCAGCUUGGCACCCUUUGUUCCUUUCAUUAUCAGGUGUGGUCGCUCACCUAUCUACCGCUCCCGUGAAAUGGCAGCUCGUGCACUGGUCCCCUUCAUUACGAUAGACCAAAUGCCGAGCACCCUCCGUGCCCUGCUAGACUCGCUCCCCAACAGCACUGACCAGUGUUUCCGACAAAACCAUAUUCAUGGGACACUUCUUCAAGUUUUUCAUUUGUUACAAGCCUACGUUACAGACUCCAGACACAGAACCACUGCAGAUUUUCAGCAGGAGCUGAGUGAUGUCACUGCUUGUACCAAAGCCAAACUCUGGCUAGCCAUGAGGCAAAAUCCAUGCUUGGUGACCAGAGCUGUAUACAUUGAUAUUCUCUUCCUGCUGACUAACUGCCUGAACAGACCUGCAGAAGGCAAGCAACCAGCUCUGGAGAGUCUUGGCCUCUGGGAAGAUGUGAGAGGAAUUGUCUUGGGAUCAGAGCUGGUUACCGGGUUCCCCUGGACCUUCAAGGUGCCAGGCCUGCCACAGUACCUGCAGAGCCUGACCAAACUGGCCAUCCCUGAAGUGUGGGCAUCGCUGGCUGAGGCUGAAGGGCAGGCGGCUGCUCUUCCUCUCUCCUUCUCUCGGCUUCUGGAGUCUUCCUUUCCUGAAGUACGCUUGCUAACCCUGGACACCCUGCUGGAAAGGGCCAUAUCCUCUGAACUGGGAGAGAAGGGAUCACCUCCCUUGCUGUGCAGUAUGAGAGAGGAGUUCCUGCUGCUGGCGAUGAAGGAAAACCACCCAGGAUGUUUCUGCCGGGUCCUGAAGAUUCUCUGUCAUAUGAACCCCAGUGAGUGGCUUCCCCAGACAGAAUGCUGUGUCCACCUCUCCCCAAAGGAGUUCCUGAUCUGGACGAUGGAUAUUGCUUCCAAGGACAGAUCUGAAGUCCAGAGUGUAGCUCUGAGACUUGCCUCCAGAGUGAUUGCCUACCACGUGCAGACAUGUGAGGAGAACAAGGAUUCCAUAGCCGCUGAGCUGAGGCAGUGGGUCCAGCUGGUUGUCUGCUCCUGUGGAGACCAUCUUCCUACUACGUCUAGACUGGCUGCUGCUGACGUCCUCACAAGCACCGCGCCCCUGUUCCUCACCAAUCCCCGGCCCAUUCUUGAACUGCAGGACACGCUUUCUCUCUGGAGGUGUGUCCUUACCCUUCUGCAGAGUGAGGAACAAACCGUCAGAGAGGCAGCCGCGGAGAUCGUGACAACAGCCACGUCACAAGGAAACACUUGCCAGUCAACAGAAUUUGCCUUCUGCCAGGUGAAUGCCUCCGCUGCUCUGGCCCUGGCCUUAGCUGUUCUGUGUGACUUGCUCCGACAGUGGAACCAGCUGGUGCCAGGACUGCCCAUUCUCCUGGGGUGGCUGCUAGGAGAGGGUGACGACCCCCAGGACCUCGUGCAAGACCCACAGCAGGGAGAAGACGACCACAUAUUUGAAAAGUCAGAAGUCAACUUCUGGGCUGAGACGCUGACCUUCGUGAAAUACCUGUGUAGGCCGCUCUUCCUUCUCUGUCAGCCUGGCUGGCCGUCCGAUCACUCCCAGAAGCUCUGUCACCUGCAGACAGUAGCAUCAGAGCAGCGUCUCCUCGUCUCUCAGCUCCUGAGAGAACUUCCGCCCUCGGCUGAAUUUCUGAAGACAGUGGAGCACACAAGGCUGCGCAUUCAGGAGGAAAGGACUUUGGCUGUCCUGAGGCUGUUGGCCUUCCUGGAAGGAAAGGACGUUCUCAGAGCCGAGGACUGUCCUAGCGAAUGGAGACAGUUAAUGGCCCCAAGAGCUUCCGAAGCAGCCUGUUGAAAGAAGGCUGGGGCAGCGGGUGGAGUAUCUCCCCAACUCGGGUCUACAAGGAACAUGUUGGACGUAAACUGAAGUCUGUCCUGUUGCACCUGCCCACUUCUGGGAGUCUAGGCUUCUUCCUACAGAGGCUCUGUCCUGUGCACACUCAUUGAAGGCAGCCCAGUUUGUUGUGGCUCCUGUAGGAAGUGAGGCCACUAUGUUGAAUGUUGAAUGUUUACUCUGUCCCAGGUGCAGGCCACCUGCAGGCCUGAAUUAGCCUUUUCUGUCCUGAAGAAGUGCCAUUCCAGCCAGAUCUCCUUUCCCAGACAAUGACUAUACUGAAGAGAGUUUCAGCAAGCAAGUCCUCCCACUCCCCAUACACACACACACACACACACACACACACACACACACACACACACACUGCUCUUUUGUUUGUUUGGGUUUGGGCUCUGUGUAGGAGCUGGAUUACUUAGCAAACAGCCUAUAUUAUAAACUUUAUUCCAUUUUACCAAAGAAGAAAUAUGUCCCAAGUGUUAGAUUCUGGGAGAAUUAAGAAUCCACCCCCUGCAAAUACUUGUGUUGUAUUAUCUCCAUGUUCAAGUCUUUCAGAGGCCCAUAUUAAGUGUCCUGCCUGUCUCCCCCAGAAAGGCCUGUGAGGCUGGAAACCUGGUUGUUGUCCAUUGUUUGAUUCUGCUCUUCGAAGGAGCCUGGGGGAAAGAGAAGCCUGAACAAAUGCAUGAUUCAUGUGAUACCUACCCUGUUGACUGUCCUGUGAUUGUUGGAAGCAACAAAACGAUCCUUAUUUAGAGGUUAAUAAACACAUUUAUCCACCUCA